GAAAUCCUUACUCGCCUCUACCAAGUACGCUGUCACUCAAUGUGCAUGGUGUGUGUAAUGUGUAUAUAUACUGACCAACUCCUGCUUAUUCUCAACAAAAUUGCUUGUUUCAAAGUAGAAGCUCAACAAAUUGUCCAAGAAGAAGGCACAAAAAGAAUGGGAAGUUUUUCAAUAACCAUGAAGGGUUUUGUGUUGUUCUGCCUAUGGGCAGUGAUUGCGGAAGCGGAGUACCUAAAAUACAAAGACCCAAAACAGCCAAUAGGUACAAGAAUUAAGGACUUGAUUAAAAGGAUGACUCUUGAGGAAAAGAUUGGUCAGAUGUCUCAGAUUGAUGACAGAUUAGCCUCAGAUUAUGUUAUGAAGCAUUAUUUCAUUGGGGGUGUGUUGAAUAUUCCAGUGAAUGUUACUGCACCUAACGCUUCUGCUGAGGAUUGGGUGAAUAAGGUAAACAACAUUCAAAAGUAUGCUCUUUCGACCCGCCUUGGUAUUCCAAUGAUUUAUGGGAUUGAUGCAAUUCAUGGACACAACAAUGUCUAUAAUGCAACUAUCUUUCCUCACAAUAUUGGGCUUGGUGUCACCAGGGACCCUGCUCUUGUGAAACGGAUUGGUGCUGCAACUGCACUUGAAGUUAGAGCCACAGGAAUCCCAUAUGCUUUUGCUCCCAGCAUUGCAGUUUGCAGAGAUCCUAGGUGGGGCCGUUGUUAUGAAAGCUACAGUGAAGAUGUCAAAAUUGUGCGAGCCAUGACAGAGAUAAUUCUUGGUUUACAAGGAGAUGUGCCAGCUAAUUUUAGCAAGGGUGUUCCUUUUGUUGGAGGAAAGUCAAAGGUAGCAGCCUGCGCCAAGCAUUAUGUGGGAGAUGGAGGCACACUGAGGGGAAUCGAUGAAAAUAACACUUUAAUAAACUCAACUACAUUAAAUGGCAUCCACAUGCCUGCAUAUAAUGAUUCCAUCUUAAAGGGUGUUUCAACGGUGAUGGUGUCUUACUCAAGCUUGAAUGGGGAAAAGAUGCACGCUAACCGCAAGCUUGUCAUGGACUACCUAAAGAACAAGCUCAACUUCAGCGGUUUCAUCAUUUCUGAUUCGGAAGGCAUUGACCGGAUUACAAGCCCACCUCAUGCUAAUUACACUUAUUCAGUUCAAGCUGGAAUUUUAGCAGGAAUUGACAUGGUUAUGAUUCCAGUGAAGUAUGAAGAAUUUAUUGAUAAUCUGACUCUCCUAGUGAAAGCUAAUAUCAUUCCCAUGAGCAGAAUUGAUGAUGCUGUAACGCGGAUAUUGAGAGUUAAGUUUACCAUGGGUCUCUUUGAGAACCCACUGGCUGACCUAAGCUUGGUAAACCAACUUGGUAGCCAGGAGCAUCGAGAGUUGGCAAGGGAAGCAGUAAGGAAAUCACUUGUCCUUUUGAAGAACGGCAAGAGCACUAGUAGUCCAUUACUUCCCAUUCCAAAGAAAGCACCAAAGAUACUUGUAGCUGGAACUCAUGCUGACAAUUUGGAUUACCAAUGUGGAGGCUGGACAAUAUAUUGGCAGGGCAACCCAGGCAAUGAUUUAAUAGUUGGAACCACCAUUUUAAGCGCUAUCAAGAAAACUGUAGAUCCGUCCACGCAAGUAGUGUACCAGCAGAAUCCUGAUGCAAACUUUAUGAAGUCAAACGAAUUCGACUAUGCCAUUGUUGUAGUAGGUGAAGUCCCAUAUGCAGAGUGGUAUGGUGACAGCUCAAAUCUUACAAUACCAGAACCUGGUCCUAGCACUAUUAACAAUGUCUGUGGGGCUGUGAAAUGUGUUGUAGUUGUCAUCUCUGGUCGUCCAGUCGUGAUAGAACCUUACGUCGAUAAAAUAGAUGCACUCAUCGCUGCUUGGCUUCCGGGGACUGAAGGCCAAGGUGUUGCAGAUGCUUUAUUUGGUGACUAUGGUUUCACUGGUAAACUUGCUUGGACUUGGUUCAAAUCAGUUGACCAGCUUCCUAUGAACGUAGGUGAUGACCACUACAAUCCCCUCUUUCCCUUUGGAUUUGGACUCACAACUCAGCCAGUGAAGAUGAAUUAAUAGACAGUAUUGAUACUAUAGUGUGUACUUGCAAUAAAAGCUAGUAGUAAGUUAUUAUCAUUAAUAAAACUGGAAGAAAGAGCAGAAGGCAGAAAAUUGUAUUGAGGGCUUCCCUUUGAAUAUAUAUUAUUAUUAUUAUUAAUUGCUAUUAA